GUUGCAUUCUAGCCAGAGCGUUUGACACAAUCACCUUCGGGGAUCAGCGCUACUUGACAUGACGGGCCAAUAUUUCCUACUGCGUGGCAACAUGACGGUAUCAGGUAAUGUCAGGAUUUAGGUAAAGUUUUCUAAGAGACAGAAUGGAGAAAUUGCAGUAAACAUACAAGUUAUGAACAAACAAGAUGGCGGAGGCUAUUGAGAGGUUCUUUGGAGUCUAUCUGUUGUACAAUGUCAAUCCAAAGUUCAAAGGAAGGACAUACAUUGGCUACACAGUCAACCCAAACCGCAGAAUACAGCAGCAUAACAAGGGCAAGCAUGCUGGAGGAGCUAAGAGGACACAUGGACGGGGGCCAUGGGAAAUGGUUUUAAUUAUUCAUGGUUUCCCAAAUGACAUAUCUGCACUUCGGUUUGAAUGGGCGUGGCAGAAUCCACAGAAAUCACGUCGACUUCGACACCUGGCCGGAAAGAAGAAAAAAGAGACACCUUUCUUGUACCGCUUUCGUAUCGUUUCGGAGAUGCUUCGUCUUGGACCAUGGAAACGUUUUGCAUUGACAAUACGAUGGCUUAAACAAAACUAUGUACAGGAUUUUCCUCCAGAUUGCCGACCUCCAAUACACAUACCAAUAGUUUAUGGUCCUGUCAAAAUUAAAACAUUGGCUAAGGACAAUAAAAAUAAGGGCAAGAAGGGUUCUAAGGGAUCCAAUGACAGCAGCCCUGAAAAACAGUCCAAGGACUCCGAAGAAUCUGACAUCGGCCAGUUGGUCCUUCCAAGUCAUCAGAGGUGUUCAGCUUGUUAUAAACGUUUACAGGCGGAUGACACGACAGUGAGUUGCAUCCAUCCUAAAUGUUCAAUGGUUUCUCACAUUGUGUGCUUAGCCGAGAAGUUCCUGGCCAAGUCUAAGGAACAGAAAAGAGAAAUCAUUCCAGUUGAAGGAACAUGUCCGAACUGUAAACAGUUAUUGCUGUGGGGAGACCUUAUCAGAUUUAAGAUGGGCUGUUACCAGAAUCUUGAGGAGUGUACGAGUGACCAGGACCAAGAUGCCAGUGAUGAGGAUGAUUGAAUUGUGGUAUUCUUGUAUCAGGAAUGUUUCAACAGACGAAACUUGUGAUAUCAGUAUAAUGGUACGGUGACUUGUAUCAGGAAUGUCUCAACAGACAGGACUUAUGAUAUCAGUAGAAUGGUACGAUGACUUGUAUCAGGAAUGUCUCAACAGACGGGACUUGGGAUGUCAGUAUAAUGGUACGGUGACUUGUAUCUGGAAUGGCUCAACAGACAGGACUUGUGAUAUCAGUAGAAUGGUACGAUGACUUGUAUCAGGAAUGUCUCAACAGACGGGACUUGUGAUGUCAGUAUAAUGGUAUGGUGACUUGUAUCUGGAAUGUCUCAACAGACGGGACUUGUGAUGUCAGUAUAAUGGUAUGGUGACUUGUAUCUGGAAUGUCUCAACAGACGGGACUUGGGAUGUCAGUAUAAUGGUACGGUGACUUGUAUCUGGAAUGGCUCAACAGACAGGACUUGUGAUAUCAGUAGAAUGGUACAGUGACUUGUAUCAGGAAUGUAUCAACAGACAGGAAUUAUGAUAUCAGUAGAGUGGUACAGUGACUUGUAUCAGGAAUGUCUCAACAGACAGGACUUGUGAUAUCGGUAGAAUGGUACGGUGACUUGUAUCAGGAAUGUCUCAACAGACAGGAUUUAUGAUAUCAGUAGAAUGGUACGGUGACUUGUAUCAGGAAUGUCUCAACAGACGGGACUUGUGAUGUCAGUAGAAUGGUACGAUGACUUGUAUCUGGAAUGUCUCAACAGACGGGACUAGUGAUAUCAGUAGAAUGGUACGGUGACUUGUAUCUGGAAUGUCUCAACAGACAGGACUUGUGCUAUCAGUAUAAUGGUACGAUGACUUGUAUCUGGAAUGUCUCAACAGACGGGACUUGUGAUGUCAGUAGAAUGGUACGAUGACUUGUAUCAGGAAUGUCUCAACAAACAGGACUUGUGAUAUCAGUAGAAUGGUACGGUGACCUGUAUCUGGAAUGUCUCAACAGACAGGACUUGUGAUAUCAGUAGAAUGUUACAGUGACUUGUAUCAGGAAUGUCUCAACAGACAGCACUUGUGAUAUCAGUAGAAUGGUACGAUGACUUGUAUCAGGAAUGUCUCAACAAACAGGACUUGUGAUAUCAGUAGAAUGGUACGGUGACCUGUAUCUGGAAUGUCUCAACAGACAGGACUUGUGAUAUCACUAGAAUGGUACGGUGAGUUGUAUCAGGAAUGUCUCAACAGACAGGACUUGUGAUAUCAGUAGAAUGGUACAGUGAGUUGUAUCAGGAAUGUCUCAACAGACAGGACUUGUGAUAUCAGUAGAAUGUUACAGUGACUUGUAUCAGGAAUGUCUCAACAGACAGCACUUGUGAUAUCAGUAGAAUGGUACGAUGACUUGUAUCAGGAAUGUCUCAACAAACAGGACUUGUGAUAUCAGUAGAAUGGUACGAUGACCUGUAUCUGGAAUGUCUCAACAGACAGGACUUGUGAUAUCAGUAGAAUGGUACGGUGAGUUGUAUCAGGAAUGUCUCAACAGACAGGACUUGUGAUGUCAGUAGAAUGGGACGAUGACUUGUAUCAGGAAUGUCUCAACAGACGGGACUUGUGAUGUCAGUAGAAUGGUACGAUGACUUGUAUCUGGAAUGUCUCAACAGACAGGACUUGUGAUAUCACUAGAAUGGUACGGUGAGUUGUAUCAGGAAUGUCUCAACAGACAGGACAUUUUAUGUUGUUACAAUGAUAUGGCGACUUGUAUUACGACUUGUGUUGGCCACAAGUUGGACCAUUAUUCCAGAAUAACUAUGCCAAUUGAGCUUUCAGCUUCGUUCAGCAUAUAUAGUUAUUAUCUAUCCAUCAUCAAGAUGAGGUAUGAAGGAGGUGUUGGGAUAAUUCAGUGAAAAAUGAUUGAUUUCAGUUAUAAUUUAUUUCCUAUAUAGAAGUCCAUGACAUUCAUUAUUGAGGCCAAAACAUGAUAUACAUGUAUCAGGUAAACACCUAAGCUGUCGAUUUUUGAAGAGGAAACAUUUGAAUUUCCCAAUGUUUAAUCAGUUGUGAAAUCAGGAACUGCCCAGGCCUAAUUGAACCCUUCUUUAUGACAGUAUCUGGAUCACUAGAUCUGUGCUAUAUCUGUGGUGUGCAUCGUCAGUGUUGUAUAAAUGAUGUAGCUUCUUCAGGGGUGCGGGAGGCGGGCUCAGAAGGGGAUUAGUAGCUAAAAUUUAAAAGACUACUAAAGUACGAGUGAAGAUAUUUAAAAUCUAAUUUGGUAUUGGGUAUUUCAUUUCAUUAUCAAGAGAAAUAAACAAUAUAUAAAUGAAGGGUGUGACAAAUGGCCCCCAUGGCAGAGGGGUGGGGCUCAACAAGGGGAAAUAGAGAUAAAACCUUUGAAACCCUUCUUCUACCAUAGGGAUUAAGGGAUUUUAUCCCAAUUUUGUCCCCUUCAAGUUUUCUUGUAGAACAUGUUACUAUUAGGGUGCAAUAAUUAAAACAAGAUGGCCACCAUUCUUCCAUCUUGGAUUUUGACAUUUGAAGGCUGCUGGCUAUAUCUCCAGGAAUACUGGAUGGAUCUUUCUGAAAUUUCAUUUGUGCUUACAGUACCUACCAUAGAGUGCGAUAUCUUUACCUCAUAUCAAGUACUUUAGACAUAUCCAGGUGAGCGUUGCAGGCCCUCUGGGCCUUUUGUUAUAGUAGGUGAGAGGCAGAGUGAAAUAGUAAGCGAAUGAUAAAGAAAGUCGGUGCAGAUGAACUCGUACCUAUCAUGUUCUGUUCGGUUGUAAUAAAGCAACACAUCAAUUCAAGACAUCUUUUUGCUUAUAAUUAAUGCUUCUCUAACAAUGAAAAACCAACAAAAGAAAUCAGCUCAUUUAUAAUGUUGAUUAUUAAAA